ACCAUCACAAACAUAGAAGAGAAAGAAGCUUUCACACACAAACCUUCCUUCUAAGUCUUCACAAAGCAAAGCAUCCUCUCUCUAUUCACACUCACCCCAUCUCUCUCUUCUUCAAUUUUCUCCUCUCAAUUCACAAGCCAAGUAUUUGAUUCUGUGUAACAACACUCUAUGUUUUCAUAGGAGCAGAAUGCCAGUAGAAAUGGAAGGAACAACAAAACCUCCACAAAUUUCUGAUAUGUUUCACAAAUUCGCCCAUGUUGUCCGUACCAAAACCUUCGAACUCUUCGCCGAUGAAACCGGCGAGGAAAACACCUCCAACUCCACUGAUGUCUUCACUCUGUUCAACUCCGCUGAGGAAUUCAUCCCUAAUCAAAAAGUCGUCGUUAUAAAACCCGAUUUCUGCAAAUUCCCAGAAAAUGAAAAUACCCAUUUUACUAAAUCCCUAAUUUCUUCACUUUUUGCUACAAUUUCGUCCUUUGAAGCUUCUUAUCUUCAGUUGCAAACAGCUCACGUGCCGUUCGACGAAAAAGCGAUCGAAUCAGCUGAUAAAGUUUUGGUAUCAGUUCUUCAGAAAUUAACUGAAAUGAAGAAUUUGUAUAAGGAUUUUAGGAAAAACCCAAGUUGUAAUUUUGAUGAAUUUGUAGGGUCGGAAUUGGAAUUUCAGGUUCAAGAAAAUCAGAGCAAGCUCAGAGUUUUGGAGACUAUGGUAAAUCAGUUAAUGUCUUUUAUGGAUUCUAAGGAUGAUGAAGUUUUGAUUUUGAGGAAAAAAAUGGAAAAAUUGGAACUUUUUAAUUUCAAUUUGUCAAAAAAAUUAGGGGUCAAAAAUGAAAAUUUGGAGAAUACCGGUACGAAGGUAUUGUGUACAGUUACUGUUUUUGAAUCUAUGUUGCGCGAUUCGAUUAAGUUAGUGAAUAAAUUUUGUAAGUUGUUAAUGGAGUUGAUGAAAAGAGCAGGUUGGGAUUUGGAGAAAGCAGCAAAUUCUGUGUAUUCUGAUGUUAAUUAUGCUGAAAAAGGACAGUUUAAGUAUGCGUUUAUUUCGUAUAUUUGUUUGGGCAUGUUUAAGGGCUUUGAUCUUGAAGAUUUUGGUUUGUGUGAUGAAGAAAUGUUGUGUAAUAGUGAUGGUUUAAUGUCUGGUGAAAAUGAUUAUUUGAAACAAUUACUUGAGCAUGUUUCAUGUAAUCCGAUGGAGGUUUUAAGUAAGAAUCCUAAUUGUGCGUUUUCAAGAUUUUGCGAGAAGAAGUAUGAGCAGAUAAUUCAUCCUACAAUAGAGUCGUCGAUUUUUAGAAAUUUGGAUGGGAAAGAAGUCAUAGUGGAUUCUUGGAAGUCGUUAAGUGUGUUUUACGAGUUGUUUGUAAGGAUAGCAAGUGCGAUAUGGUUGCUUCAUAAGUUGGCCUAUUCCUUUAAUCCUGUAGUCGAGAUAUUCCAAGUCGAGAGAGGGGUUGACUUUUCGAUGGUGUACAUGGAAGAUGUUUCGAGGAAAAGUCAAUUCCCUUUGAGCAAGACGAGGCCAAAGGUGGGAUUUACCGUCGUACCUGGAUUUAAAAUUGGGAGGACGAUCAUUCAGACACAGGUUUAUCUUACUGGCUUAAAAUGCACGGAAUAGUGUGAACAAAGAGAUCUGUACAGUGGUUUGCAAGUUUCUUUGCUUUGUUGUGCUUUAGUUCAUCUAACUUACACCAAAAGAUUCAGAUUGCUCCAUUUGACAGCUAAAUCCCUUUGGUAAUGACUUCAAAGAAUUCUUGUCAAAGUGAUAGAUGCUGCUGUUGCCAAGGGAUAAGCCAUCUUGUCUCGCAGCAGAAGUUGGUGGCCUUGCUGGCCAGGGCUGGUAUGGAUGCUCUUUGUUAUUAUCGCUAGUAAGUAGUCACUGCCUCACUGGUUAGUCUAAUUUGUGUAUUUGCUUGCUUAGAAUUCCUGUUUCUAGGGGGUUCUGUUAGUCCUAUGAAAUGUAUGUAAAGCACUGAUUUUAUGGUUUUCUUUUUGUUGUUUUUCUUUGUAUUCUGGUUCUUUUUAAAUUAGGAAGGUGAGAUGAGGUAGUGGGAGUACAGCAUAUUACACAAUCAAAAUGUAACUCUUUUAAUGUCAAUAUGACAGUAAUUUCAAUAGUUAAUGAAUUCUUUCAUUAGUUAGUGUAGUUACUAGUUUUAAAAGUAUUGAUUUGCUUUAAAGAAUUGUUCCUUGUUCUCUAGCCACGUCAAUGUAUUCCCAACCUUGGUCGUUGAUAGUUUUUGGGCUUGAUCAACUAUUUCUGCACUGCUUUAUUUCUAUGUGUAGAUUACUUAUUUAAAAAAAAGUUUAUUUUUCCUUCAUGUAGAUUGGAGAUUCUUAUCUUGUAUGAUUAUAUGUUUUCAGAUUCACGAAUUGCCUGUAGUUAUUACAUUGCUAUUACUAUCUUUCUUGAAAGAAAAGUGUAGUGUUUGUCUCCACUUUUCUGCAUGUGUAUGAAGGAGGAUUAGCUGAAAUAGGAUGGUCUUUCUUUUUCCAUCAGUAAUUCAUUCUUAAUAAGCAUGAGCUUUACUUUGAAUGUCAAUUUAUGUAAAGGAAGAUAAGCAGAACUAAAACUAUCGUGUGUUGCUAAAUUUGAGUGAAGGAAAUUACCAUACAGUUAAGUACUCGCAUUUUUGCUUUUCUGAUAAUUUUAAAUGCUACCCAAGAGAAAGGAUAUUAACUCUCUGAUUAAAUUCAUUUCCAAGUGAUGAAUUGUGUGCAUAUAAUGCCAGAGCAAAAGCAUGCAUUAUGUGCAAUUCUAUGUCAUCCACUGUGAGGGCUCACUUAUCAGCAAAAAAAUUAAUUUUUAGGACUGACUAAUUUCUUCAUAAUACUGUUGUACUUUUGAGUGUCUUCCCAUAAGUAUGCAAUUUUAUCAUUUGUUGUACAUGUCUAAGGGCUUUGAUCCGGAUGGCAUGCGAAAAUGGUUGUUUGAAACAAUUAAUUGAGCAUGCUUAUGUAAUUCAAUGGAGCCUUUGAGUAGGAAAUCUAGCUUUGUGCUAUUCCAAGUAUUAUGAGGAUUCAUCAUGAGUUUUACGCUGGUUACCAUCCUACCGCAACCCUCCAAGCCCCGGCAAUGUGAGCAAGCGCACACUAGCGGAGUUUGUGUGCUAUUCCAGUUGAGAGGAGGAUCAUUCAGCCUCAGGUUUAUAUAACUGGCUUUAUAGUGCUGUAAACUAAGAGAGUACAGUGGUGUGCAAGAUCUUUGCUUGAUUCCUCCAACUUAAACGGAGAAAUUCAGUGCGCUCCAUUUGUCAACAACUCCUUUUGGUACCAUAGGACGGUGAAGUGAUUUGGUAAGACAUGACACAUCUUCAGCUUACCGAAUAUGAUCCUUGAUAGGAGGGUGUGGAGGUCGAGAAUUAGGGUAGUUGGUUAGUAAGUAAUCGAGUGUAUUUCGCUUUCAUACCUAUAUUGCUUUUCCACACAUAUGUACUAGUGUAGUCUAGUAUUUUUUAUUCUUAGAAAAUUAUUACAACUUGUUGUUUCUUUUGUUUCGGUUAUCUUGUUUUCUGAUUGUGAUUAAUGCUUCUCUUUCC